AUGGAGGAUAUUACCGCCACCUACAACCUCUCCAAUGGUCAUUACUCUGAUUAUGACAGCUUUUACUAUGACAGCGAUGACAUAAUAUACAUGGAGCCCGAAGAAUCAUCAUUUGAUCUCUUCUCCACUGUGUGCUACAGUCUCAUCUUCUGCCUCAGCGUUCUCGGAAACAGCUUUCUCCUCUGGGUUUUGCUGAGGAAACGAGAAACUAAGAGCACUUCUGACUUGCUGCUUCUGCACCUCACAGCCUCUGACCUUUGCUUCACCGUGACCCUGCCGGUUUGGGCUUACCAACACCUCCAUGGCUGGAUCUUUGGGGACUGGGCCUGUAAAAUCAUAAGCGGGAUCUACUUCCUUGGCAUCUACAGCUACAUGUUGUUCCUCACUGCCAUUACUUUGGAUCGCUACGUUGCUGUGGUCCACGCCGUGUCUACAUCUGCACAGGCCCGAAGACGGUUUUACGCCAUCUUGGCCAGCACUGGAAUAUGGCUGGUGUGUGCUGCCACAAGCAUCAAGGACACGGUGAACACUGAGACCAAAUUCAGCUUUGAUGGUGAAAUAAGGUGCGAGGAAGCUUCACAGUCAUUGGCUAUGAACCUGUUUAGCAUCUACUUCCACAUCAGCCUUUUUUUCCUCAUACCCUUCAUCAUCAUCACAUUCUGUUAUGUCCGCAUGUGGAUGACUAUCAGACACUGCAGAAUGAGGGGACGCAACCAGGCUUUGGGGCUGUUGUUGGGGAUAGUUCUGGGUUUUUUCAUUUGCUGGGCACCAUACAAUGUUGUGCUAUUUCUUGCAUCCCUGGAGGAGCUUCAUGUUCAGUCAGUAAGCACCGAUGAAUGGGAGGAUGUGAUGCUUUAUGGGUACUACAUCAGUCACACACUGGCUUACUGCCACUGCUGCCUGAACCCUCUGUUCCAUGUGUUUGGAGGAGAGAGGUUUAGGAGGCAUCUCCUCAUGCCAUGUAGCACCAGGAGGCAGAGCAUCACUUCCAGCAGCCGGCCACCUCCCUCUGUCUCCCUACAGACCUAUGUGUAACCAGCCUUGUAAGGGAGCUUUUGCCGUUUAUGUUUGUGUAGUGACU